CUCUGGGCGGAUUCGGCGAGCGCCCAGGCGGUUGGCGAAGCGGCCCGGACGCUGUCUACGCCGUGCAGGAACGAUUGCCGCGGACAGAGCCCCUGCUUCCGGCCAAGCCACCGGGAGGCGGGUCCCCGGGACUGAGGAGGCUUCCUCCGCGCGGCUCCGCGUCGCUCCUCGCUCGCUCCCCCGCCGCUCGGCUCCGAGGAGGAGGAGGUGGCGGAGGCGGAGGUCGCGGGGGGCGGUGGCGGCGCGGGCCAGGACAAUGGAGGUGGCUGUGGAGAAAGCGGCGGCUCCGGCGGCGGCCGCCGGGGGGCCCUCGGCGGCGGCGGCGCCGAGCGGGGAGAACGAGGCCGAGAGCCGCCAAGGCCCAGACUCGGAGCGCGGCGGUGAGGCGGCCCGGCUCAACCUGUUGGACACUUGCGCCGUGUGCCACCAGAACAUCCAGAGCCGCGCGCCCAAGCUGCUGCCCUGCCUGCACUCCUUCUGCCAGCGCUGCCUGCCCGCGCCGCACCGCUACCUCAUGCUGCCGGCGCCCGUGCUCGGCGCGGCCGACACCGCGCCGCCGCUGCUGGCACCCGGCUCGCCGGUCGGCGGCUCCUCACCCUUCGCUGCUCAAGUUGGAGUGAUUCGAUGCCCAAUUUGCAGCCAAGAAUGUGCCGAGAGACACAUCAUAGAUAAUUUUUUUGUGAAGGACACUACUGAGGUUCCCAGCAGUACAGUGGAAAAGUCUAAUCAGGUAUGCACAAGCUGUGAAGACAAUGCCGAAGCCAAUGGGUUUUGUGUGGAGUGCGUUGAAUGGCUGUGUAAGACGUGUAUUCGAGCUCAUCAGAGGGUGAAGUUCACAAAAGACCAUACUGUCAGGCAGAAAGAGGAAGUGUCUCCAGAAGCAGUUGGUGUGACUAGUCAGAGACCAGUGUUUUGUCCUUUUCAUAAAAAGGAGCAGUUGAAGCUUUAUUGUGAGACGUGUGACAAACUGACGUGUCGGGACUGUCAACUGCUGGAACACAAAGAGCACAGAUAUCAAUUUAUUGAAGAAGCUUUUCAGAAUCAGAAAGUGAUCAUAGAUACACUAAUCACAAAACUGAUGGAAAAAACAAAAUACAUAAAAUAUACGGGCAAUCAGAUCCAAAACAGAAUAAUUGAAGUAAACCAAAAUCAAAAGCAAGUGGAGCAGGAUAUUAAAGUUGCUAUCUUUACAUUGAUGGUAGAAAUAAAUAAAAAAGGCAAAGCUUUGCUGCACCAGCUAGAGAGCCUUGCAAAGGACCAUCGCAUGAAACUUAUGCAGCAGCAGCAAGAAGUGGCUGGGCUUUCUAAGCAGCUGGAGCACGUUAUGCAUUUUUCUAAAUGGGCAGUUUCCAGUGGCAGCAGCACUGCAUUACUAUAUAGCAAGCGACUGAUUACAUACCGGUUGCGACACCUCCUUCGUGCAAGGUGUGAUGCAUCCCCAGUGACCAACAACACCAUCCAGUUUCACUGUGAUCCUAGUUUCUGGGCCCAAAAUAUUAUCAAUUUAGGUUCUUUAGUAAUCGAGGAUAAAGAAAGCCAGCCACAAAUGCCUAAGCAGAAUCCUGUCGUGGAACAGAAUUCACAGCCACCAGGUGGUUUAUCUUCAAACCAGUUAUCCAAGUUUCCAACCCAGAUCAGCCUAGCUCAAUUACGACUCCAGCAUAUGCAGCAACAGGUAAUGGCUCAGAGGCAACAGGUGCAACGGAGGCCGGCACCUGUGGGUUUACCAAACCCUAGAAUGCAGGGGCCCAUCCAGCAGCCUUCCAUCUCUCAUCAGCAACCCCCUCCUCGUUUGAUAAACUUUCAAAAUCACAGCCCUAAACCCAAUGGACCAGUGCUUCCUCCUCAUCCUCAGCAGCUGAGAUACCCACCCAACCAGAACGUACCGCGGCAAGCAAUAAAGCCCAAUCCCCUACAGAUGGCUUUCUUGGCCCAACAAGCCAUAAAACAGUGGCAGAUCAGCAGUGGACAAGCUGCCGCCUCAACCACCAGCAGCUCAUCCUCUACCCCUUCCAGUCCCACCAUCACAAGUGCGGCAGGGUACGACGGGAAGGGUUUUGGCUCACCUAUGAUUGAUCUGAGUGCACCAGUGGGAGGUUCUUAUAAUCUUCCUUCUCUUCCUGAUAUUGAUUGUUCAAGUACUAUUAUGCUGGACAAUAUUGGGAAGAAAGAGCCCAGCACCGAUCACAGCCAGCCCAGACCGCCCUCCAACAGAACAGUGCAGUCACCAAACUCCUCAGUGCCCUCUCCAGGGCUUGCAGGACCUGUUACUAUGACUAGCGUCCACCCUCCAAUACGUUCACCUAGUGCCUCCAGCGUUGGGAGCCGAGGAAGCUCUGGUUCUUCUAGCAAACCAACGGGAGCUGACUCUACACACAAAGUCCCAGUAGUCAUGUUGGAGCCAAUCCGAAUAAAACAAGAAAACAGUGGACCGCCUGAAAAUUAUGAUUUUCCUGUUGUUAUAGUGAAACAAGAAUCAGAUGAAGAAUCUAGGCCUCAAAAUACCAACUACUCAAGAAGCAUACUCACUUCCCUGCUCCUAAAUAGCAGUCAGAGGUCUGCCUCUGAGGAGCCUGUCGUAAGAUCUGAUGCUCCGGAUAGCACAGGGGAUCAGCCUGGACUACACCAAGAGAACUCCUCCAGUGGGAAGUCCGAGUGGCUGGACACUUCCCAGAAGUCUCCCCUUCAUGUUGGGGACACAAGAAAGGAAGAUGACCCCAAUGAGGACUGGUGUGCAGUUUGUCAAAACGGAGGGGAACUGCUGUGCUGUGAGAAGUGUCCGAAAGUUUUUCAUCUCUCUUGUCAUGUGCCCACAUUGACAAAUUUUCCAAGUGGAGAGUGGAUUUGUACUUUCUGCCGAGAUUUAUCUAAACCGGAAGUUGAGUAUGAUUGUGAUGCGCCCAGUCACAAUUUGGAUAAAAAGAAAACUGAAGCUCUUGUUAAGUUAGCACCGAUAGAUAAAAGGAAGUGUGAACGCCUACUUUUAUUUCUUUACUGCCAUGAGAUGAGCCUGGCUUUUCAAGACCCUGUCCCUCUAACUGUGCCUGAUUAUUACAAAAUAAUUAAAAAUCCAAUGGACUUGUCAACCAUCAAGAAAAGACUGCAAGAAGACUCUUCCUUAUAUACAAAGCCUGAAGAUUUUGUAGCUGAUUUCAGAUUGAUCUUUCAGAACUGUGCCGAAUUCAAUGAGCCUGAUUCUGAAGUAGCCAAUGCUGGUAUAAAACUUGAAAGCUAUUUUGAAGAACUUCUAAAGAACCUUUAUCCAGAAAAAAGGUUUCCUAAAGUAGAAUUCAGGAAUGAAUCAGAAGAUAAUAAAUGUAGUGAUGACUCAGAUGAUGACUUUGUACAGCCCCGGAAGAAGCGCCUCAAAAGCAUCGAGGAACGCCAGUUGCUUAAAUAAAACAGCACCACUGGCUUGUGUCUGUUGAAGAUCUUUCUGUUUGUCAGUAAUUUAACAUCAUUAUAAAGAAGAGUUUGUGAGCUUUCUGUUUUUUGAUGUUUACUAGACUUUGAUUUCUUUAAUAACCUAUUUCUUUUAACCUCUUAUUAAAAAGAAUGACAAAGUGAAAAAGAAGGAAAUGAAUGGAAGAAAGAAAACGAAGGGGGGAGGGAAAAAGGAUGGUAGAAGAAAGGAGAAAGAAGUAUCAAUAACAAAAAAGACGUUCUUCCCACUUCUUGGAGUCAAAAUCACAAUGUGGAAUGAUAGCUACCACAGGAAGGAAAUAGACUUUCUAUGAACUCUCAGUUGAAAGUUUAAGUGGUUUGGAUGUGUGCGUUAAUCCAUUUUUAGAAAGUUAAUGCCACUACCCAUUAAUGAUCACCCAGUCUAGAACUAGGUUUGAGGGGUUACCAAGUGAAACAGCAGGAGGAUAGAUUAGAUGCCAUUAAGAAGGUUCCUAAUAGUAUAUGAUGGAAAAUGGCCACUGUAUUAAAGAAAAAUCAGGAAAACAAAUGCUUUUUGUUUUUGUUUUAUCUUCUCUAUGAAAGUGUUUGAUAUAGCUGAUUUUCAAGGCCUGGUUUCAUACAUUUCUAGAUGUAGAUUUUCUUACACUUCUUCCCCUAAUAGAAGGAAGUAAGCACAUGUUUGAUUUUGAUGUGCGUCUGUGUGUUUUGUUUGUUGUGGUUGUUUCUUUGUGUAGAUUGUCCUUUAAAUAAGCUUUGCAGUAUGGCUUUUAGUGGAACUACCCAAUUUUGAAAUACAGCAGGGUGGCACUGUAUUUGAUAUGAGAUUUCUUCAAAAUAAUGCCCUGUUGGGCAUUAAAUAUAAGUUCCCCUAAAAGUGACUAAUUUUGUGUUUUUCAUAUGUCUUUAUAAUUUCUAUUGAAAAUGUAUUACAAGAUUUGGGACAGGCAGUUGGGGAAUUAUUAGUGAAUAUAUUUUUUUUCUGAAGCAUUUACUUCAUGGUUGGAUGGUUAGCUUUUAAAGAAUCAGAACCUCAUUUUAUCUUUGAUCUGAAUUGGCAAUUUCAUUUUCAGUGAUAGAGAUACAAAAGUCCAUCUUCGUAGGGCAAGUAUAUUAAUGGGCCAUAUCCAGCAAUUGUAACUGAUACCCAUAUCUGCCUUUCACUCCUUUAGUCUUUUUAGGAUCAGAUGACCAGUUAAAGAAGGAAAUUGGGUUAAGAUAGAAGAGAUUUACUGUGCCACAUACUAAUCCAACGUUUGACAAAACACCCAUGAAAUUUUAGUUUGCCAAAAUUAAUAUUUCUUAAUAAAACACUACAAUUACUAUUUUUAUUAAUAGUAGUAGUAGAUUUUCACUUUUUUUUGGUUUUUGUUUUUCUUAGUUUUUUUGUUUGUUUGGUUGGUUUUUUUGUAGGGGAAGUCUUUUUGAGAUAAGAUUUCACUAUGUAGUUUAGACUGGCCUUCAACUCAUGUUGUAGCCCAGGCUGGCCUGAAACUCAAAGCUGUCCUUCUAUUUUUUUUUUUUUCUUUUUUUGUUAAUUUUAUUUAAGGAGAAAAAGAAAAAAAAGCAGAGAAACGGUACAAGUUAUACAGAUUUACAGAAAAAAAUAAACAGGAAAUCACUAGUUAACGGAUUACAUAUUGUCAUCUUAGAAAUAACUGUUCAAGUUACAAAAUUAAAGCUUAUAAAGUGGACAUUCCAACAGUGAGACUACAAACAGUUCUGUUCAAUGAUCCAACAAAACUCAGUAAUAUCAUUCUCUAUCUUAUACACUUAAAUAUACAUGCAGUUAUAUCGUUUAGAGCCCUUUCUUUUCCUCUCUUUUGUACAAUGACAAUUACACAUUUUGGGUUUUGUUGCUCCCACAGUUCUUAUUACUUUUUUGGAAGAGAGUAAAACCAAAUGUGACAUAACAGAACAGAAUCGGUCAAGUCAAAAGGGUUGUCCUUCUAACUAUUAAUGUAGGGAAGUUUGGAGGAAAUUUUUCUCUUUAGGAUGAUAAAAUAAAAUACAACUGACCCUAAAGAAUUUUGGGUGAUACUGUCUCCCAUGUAUUAAAUGUAGAGGACUUGCUUUUAUCCUGUCAUUAUUUCUUAAAACAGACAAUUUGAAAAUAUUCCUUGGGUAAUUUGUAGGAUUUUCACAUUCUACUCAAGAUAAGAUGUAAGCAGAAAGAAACUUUCUAGCACAAGCUUUCCAUGGUUUCUAUGCACAUUUCCAAACACAUAAUACAUAAAAAUGUAACUUGUAUUGUUUUGAAAUUCACUUUGACAUUUGUUUUCCAAAGGUUAUUUGAACAAAUUUUGUUACCAAUACAUAGACUGUUUUAAUUGUUUUAGGUGAGCAUUUUUAGCAUAGCAGCUGAGGAGCUUUGCUAAUAAGUUUAAUGUUGGUAUCACAGAACACCACUCUUCUGAUAGUCCUCCCUUUCUUGUGCCCUUAUUUAAAACAGCAACACAGGUGAGUUAUUUUAAGACUUAUUACUAAGGGAGAUAGGGCUUAAGAAAAAAAUACAAUUUCCUAAAUAUAUCUGAAAAAGAAUUUCUACUAAUUACCCAAAAAUGUCAUGCUUAUAUUUAGUCUUACAUUAACUUUUAAAACAUCAUCUCUAUUUUGCCAUAAUCUUUUGCUGAGAGGAAGGAAGUGGACAACUAUCUUUUGUUAUCAUAUAUAAUAAUGUAAAUUAUAGCCUUUUUAUCAUGGUCUCAGCUCCUGUGACUAUUAACACAUAAGUGCCCAGGAGGAUUGCCACUAAACAGUCCUUAAAUUCUAAUAGAAGCUUUGAAAAGAACCUGUCUAUACCACACGUUCUUGAGAGCCCCACCCUCACCUCCUCCGUGGGGAGGGCUUCAGUGUGGUUCAGGGAACCUAGACCUGAAAUUUAGCAACACUCCAGUGUUUACCUCUGACCAAAAAUGCUGGGAACCUUCAUUCUGAGUUUAGGACCAAGAGCCUAGUAUCAGAGCCACAAGACCCCACUGCUGCAUCAGAAUGAGUAGACCAUAUCACAGCCAGUUUUUCUCCUGGACACAGUCAGUGACGGAGAUGGCUAUAGUAGAAUAAAUGGGCUGAGACAUAUCAUAUUGCAUGCAAAAUAUCUACAUGAGCAGCUGGCAAUGUGAUCCUUCUGUCCUUUAAGUUAACAGGCCCUGCUAUCCUACCUAGAGGGAUAGAAAGAAAGGACUAGAAGAAAAAAAAUACUGUCCUCUUCCCAUAAUAAUUUUACUUUGUUUUCCAAGCUAAAGACUAGGCCAUAGGUCUUAUUACUUACCACACAUAGUACAGAUAUGCAGUAACUUAGGAAUGCUUUCAAAAGAUUAACUCCAAAGUCUAAAGGCUGAGUGCAUAGCCAGUUGUUCCAUCUAUGAAUUAGCAUUUCACAUCCUCUGCUAUUUCAGUUGUUAAACUUUUUAAAUUUGAUUUUAAGAGACAGUGAAAGGAAGAACAAAUUUUUCUGAGCUCUGAUCCAAAUUGUGAUUCCCAAAACUUGCUGUGAAUGAAAGAUACUUAGGUUUAAAAUGAUUCGCUUGGUUUCUUUUUUACUUGUAAUCAUUGUGAAUGAAGCAAAUCAAGUGAUCUGAUUGGCUUUUAGCAUUAUGGACAUGACCUUGAGUCCAGUCAUCUGAUUUCUUACUGAACUCCUCCUCUGGAUUACCAUGUGUAUAUUUUUAAAAAUAUUUUUAGUACCAUGUAAAUUAAACAAGUGAUGACUUCACACCCAUUUUACUGUACCUUUGUCUUAGAUGGACUUCACGGAGUCAUAAUUCACAUGCAGGUAGUUCAUGUUCCUGAGUGGAAACUUGGCAGUAGAGUCACAGGGUUCCCCAGGAAGGCUCUGCUGACUGAGGGCCAUCUGAGACAAGAGUAUUCGGAUUUGGUGUUUCCUUUUUAAUAAAAGUCAACUUGGAUGAACUUUU